UUCAACUCUUUUGUCUCAAAUUUCGCUCCUUUACCGGCGGUUCUGAGCUCCUCCUCAGUCACCGUCGAACCCGGCUCCGACGUCACUCUCCGGCGAAUAUGCGGGACCCAUGUUCCGGACCACAUACUCUGCAGAAUGGAGGAGCUGGGGUACGUGGCGCCGACGCCGGUGCAGCGGCAAGCUCUGCCGGCUUUGUUUUCCGGCCGGGACUGCAUUCUCCACGCGCAGGUUCUGGGAAGACGCUGACGUAUCUGCUGUUGAUAUUUGCUGUGGUGAAGACUCAGAGAUCGGCUGUGCAGGCCCUCAUUGUAGUGCCCACUAGGGAACUUGGCAUGCAAGUAACGAGGGUUGCUAGAAUGUUGGCGGCGAAGCCGAAGGAGGGGGAAGUAGAGCAGAAAGCAUGUACUGUUAUGGCUCUUUUGGAUGGGGGAAUGUUGACAAGACACAAGAGUUGGUUGAAGGCAGAGCCGCCUACAAUUGUGGUGGCAACGAUAGGGAGUUUGUGCCAUAUGCUUGAGAAGCGUCUCAUUAAGCUUGAGUCAAUGCGAGUGUUGGUGAUCGAUGAGGUUGAUUUCAUGUUCGGUUCAAAAGAAGUCAGCUCUCUUCGGAAGCUUUUGACGUCUUACUCGUCAAUCAAUAGCCGUCAGACUGUUUUUGCCAGCGCUUCCAUUCCUCAGCAUAGGCGAUUUUUACAUGAUUGUAUACAGCAGAAAUGGACCAAGAAUGAUGCAAUUCAUAUCCACGUCAAUCCGGUUCAGCCCAUGCCAUCAUGUUUACACCAUAGAUUUGUGAUAAGUGGUAAAAACAGAAGGCAUGAAACCUUGUUGUCCUUAUUACAGUCCGAUGAGAUGCAGUCUGGCAUUAUUUUUGUUGGCGAGCAGUCCGAGAAGUCAAAGAAGGCUGGAAAUGCUCCACCAACAACUCUAUUAGUUGAUUUCCUGAAGGCUUCAUAUCAGGGAUGUUCAGACAUCCUCCUUUUGGAAGAAGAUAUGAAUUUCAACUCACGUGCAGCUUCUCUAUCAGAAUUGAGACAAGGAAGCAGCUAUCUCCUUGUGUCAACAGAUAUAGCGGCUAGAGGGGUUGACCUACCAGACACCACUCACAUAUACAACUUUGAUCUGCCAAGAACUGCUGUUGAUUAUCUACAUCGUGCUGGGAGAACAGGUAGGAAACCGUUUUCAGACAAGAAAUGCACUGUAACCAACAUUAUAAUGUCAGAGGAGCAAUUUGUAUUGCAAAAAUAUGAAAAUGAACUGAUGUUUAACUGUGAAGAGCUAAUUGUAUAG